GAGAUCAGGCCGGCCCAUAAUUGAUUGGGCUCUUCAUUUGUUAGCUCAACGAAGAAUGCAUCACUGAUAACCCCCCAAGUUACCCAACUCACCGGGCGGCAGCCUCACCGGAGAAGAAAAGGGGGAAAAAAGCAGAAAACUCAUCGGAAAUGGAGAACCGCGGCAGCAUUUUGGAAUCGAUCGGAUCGGAAAUCAUCGGAGUGAUGUCUCCGGUUUCGAUCUGUAUGUUCUUAGUUGUCUUUCUGGUCUAUUCCAUGACCACCUCCUCCACGUCUUCCUCCGACGCCUCCGCCAUCCGUACCGCCGCUAACCUCGUCUACCUUGAGUCGCCGACCGAUACUCCGACCGAGAAACUCGAAGGUGCACUCUUAAACGCUGCCGUCUUUGUGAUCCUCAUUGCUAUAGUCACUUUCCUCUUGGUCCUCCUUUACUACUACCGCUGCACUAAUUUCCUCAAAAAUUACACUCGAUUUUCGUCCUUCUUCGUUCUUUCCUUUAUGGGUGGCCCCAUCUUCCUCACGGUUAUCAAGCAUUUCAGCAUCCCUGUUGAUUCGAUUACUUGCUUUGUGCUGCUGUUUAAUUUUUCGGUUCUUGGGGUUCUCUCGCUCUUCUCAAAUGGGGUCCCAAUUUUGAUCAGACAAGGUUAUAUGGUUGUUCUCGGAAUCAUUGUAGCUGCUUGGUUUACCAGAUUGCCUGAGUGGACUACUUGGACUUUGUUGGUGGCGCUGGCCUUGUAUGAUUUAGUUGCUGUGUUAGCUCCUGGUGGACCAUUGAAGAUUUUGGUUGAGUUGGCAUCUUCCCGGGAAGAGGAACUUCCUGCAUUGGUUUAUGAAUCUAGGCCUAGUACCUUCCCAGGGUCUCAGGGUUCGAAUCUAGCAGGGAUUUUGAUGUCUGGGGUCCCAUUGCAGAGUCGUGAGAAUGGUAGUUCUGAGUCAAUUUCGGGUGCAAUUGAGCUUCAGGGAAGGUCAUCAUCGAGUCAGAACACUAGAAACAGUGAUGGUUUUAGCAGUAUUGGCCAGAACUUUGCAAGUGAUAUGGGUGAGAAUGAGAUUGAGGUUGUGGGAGGUGAUCAAGAAGAGAGAUCGCCAUUGAUGUCUGUUGGAUCAAGGGAGAGGCGAUCUCCAGCAAGUUUUGAUGUCGGUGAGAUGGUGAAUGGAAGGAGGAUGAGACAGGAUGAUGAUGAUGAGAGUGAUGAGAUUAAUAGUAGGGGCAUUAAGCUUGGAUUAGGGGACUUUGUGUUUUACAGUGUGUUGGUCGGAAGGGCUGCCAUGUAUGAUUUGAUGACUGUGUAUGCUUGUUAUCUGGCUAUCAUAUCUGGACUUGGUUGCACACUGAUAUUGUUGGCUGUUUGUCGUCGAGCAUUGCCAGCACUUCCUAUUUCCAUUGCUUUGGGUGUCCUGUUUUACUUUCUGACUCGCUUGCUAAUGGAACCAUUUGUUCUUGGGACAUCGACGAAUUUGAUGAUGUUUUGACAAGAUAGACUUUUGGACAUAAUCUGUUUAUGUUGUAUAUGGAAGUCAGUAACUUUGCUGCAGCAUGGAUGCUUUUGAAGAUUGAACCUUGCUACUUACAAAACUGGAUCGGAGAGUUAUAUGCUUUUGUUUAAGCUUUCCGUUUGAGGGGGAGUGCCUCAUUUCUAUGGGUAGGGACAACCAUUUGAUGGACACAUAAGGCGCAAUCGUCGUCUUAGUGUUCAGUUUUGGGUGCUGUGUCUCUGUAGUCUAAUUAGUUUGAAAAAUCCUAAUGUCUAAUGGAUGUACAAGGGAGGUACUCUCUGAUCCUUGCUGUGUUUCACUGGGUUGUAGAUUGACUAAAUCUUAAGGUUGUUUAUGAUGACGCUUAAACUAAGUGAUGUUGCUGAAAUGAGGCACCAUGGUUGUUGACUACUUAGAACUCAUGAAUAUAUACUAGUAUUUAACUAAUUUGCAAGAAGAAAGCAGUUUUCUUCUUUUAACGCCUGGAUUCACAUUUUUAGUUGCAAGUAGGAAACAAUGUUCGAUGGUUGUUUUUGUUCUCUGUUGUU